AUGAAUCUUAUGGAUAUGUUAAGUGGAGGUGAUAGUCCUUAUGAUCCUCUGGUUCAGCUAAUGGACGAAGGCGCUGCUGAGCCGGCUCAGCUGAUGCAUUUAUCUCACUCUCACAUAUAUUAUCUUCCAACAUUGUUGACAACACUACAAAGGGAAUUGGUCGAGGUAGUGAUACUGAUGUUUCGAAAGGAGAUCGACUCGAUAAGCUUGGAGAAGCAACUGCGAACACGGAUAUCUAACCUUGUCGACGCGCCAGAUGACGUGCCAUCAACCCUGACACCUCAGUUUUCCAAUUUUGAUAAAAUUCGGCUAUUAUUUGAUCAAUUGAUGAUUAUCGACAAGCAUCCUAGUCUUCUUGUUGACCAUUUCAUUCCACGUAAAUUGAUCUUGAGCGAGUUGAAUGAACGGGUAUUAACCCUUUCAACUAAGCUUCAAAUGAUUGAUCGAGUGGUUGACGGUUUAAUCGACGGUUUGAAAAGUACCAAUAACUCAGGAUACCACAUGUUAUUGGUGGCGCAGAGUGCCCGUGAAAUUGAACUAGUAGAAGGUCUUAUAAUUGGUAAAGAUUUAUACUACCAAAAUCUCAGCAAUUCGAAGUUGUAUGAUGAUAAGUGUCCGAUACCCAGUGAUCUUGGGGGAAGAUUGGUCAUCUACAUGAUUACGCUGUCGCAAUUGUACAACAAUUACAUUCCCGAAACGAUUGGUGGUGCCAAAUGGGAGCAUCUGCUGCUGCUGCUGCUGCCAGAACCCCGUUCAUAUCGUCGCCGUCAAGCUCAGAUGGAAUAUCCAGUUCGCUCACAGAACUCUCAAUUUAAUUUGAUCAUGUCCCUUGAUACUAAAUUGGAUCCUCUGUCGCCGCUGCUAGAGUUCUUGCGACCAGAGCAUCAUCGAACUCCCAUGAUUAUUCCUGUGCCCGUCAAUCUGAUCGAACACAUUGUGAGUCAGCUUCAAGAACCGCUGCUUCUGUUAACGGAAAGUUACACUCAAUGGCAGCUUCAAGUAAUAGAAGCACUUAUAAUGAAUUGGGAUAACCCAAUCCCUUGUGAUGAAUCCGAGUUUUACUUGAAGUACUAUGGCGCAAAUCUCAAUAAAUUGUUGCCUUAUUUGUUACAUUGGCAUGAACUGGAGGAAAUUAAUUUGAGUGACUUAAUGGAGCCGUUCAAUCGACAAUUAGGUAUGGGGUUCUCCACGGGGGCUAUGCUUGCGAAACUUGCUACUAUUGUUGAUCGUGGACUGACUCUUGAGCAAGGUGAAUUGGGUGUAGCAUCGACAAUGAUUCUUCCACUCCGAAGUUUCGAUUAUGAGCUGUUCAAGCUGACAUUGGCAGAGAUCUUGAACAAUAAACUCAUCAAUCUCUCAUAUCAACUGCAAAGUAUUGAGAAUUCAACGUUGAUGCGAUGGCGAUCUGACCAAACCAAGAGACAGUUGGAGUAUGACAUCAAAGAGGACGAUAUUGCUGCUAAAUUUCGCAAAUUACGGCGCGUGCAAGAGGAUGCAACUUCUGUGGAACAGAAGCUAACACGUUACGAGCUGUACUAUACAAAAUACCAACUAUCAAAGAUUGAGUGGGAUAGCAAGAUCAACUUUUUGCGAGCCAGCGCUAAUAAACUGGGUGCGCAAAUCCGUGAAGUUGUUAUUCCGGGACAACAAACUAAAAUCAAGGAACUUUCGAAUGAAUUGGAAACGCUCACUGAUAUCCAUAUCAAGCUUGAUUGCGACUAUGAACUGUUAAGAGAAAAAUACCAAGGAACGCUGGCUGACGCAGUGCAAUUGCUGCUGCAGCUCCGCCAAUUAAAACAGAAACUCAAGAUGAUCAGUCUGAAGGCUGAAGGUUCGGGAGCAACGCAAUUACCACUGCUGAUGCGGAGGGAUGCAAUGGGUGAGGCAAGCAUUCGUUUGAAACGAUGUCGUGAUGAGAAUGAUUUCCUUAAGGGUUUCAUAGAGUCUCGAAUUGAUCGAGUUUUAGCUGAGCGCCACGAAAAGGACCAAGCUAAUCUGGGAGGUCGUCGUAGUCGACAAGGAACGCCUAUAUAG